AACACUUAUGACGUAACCAAGCCUCGUUUACUGAAAUCACAUGCCUAAUUUAACAUUAAAUUAAGGUCAGGCUUUUUGUCAUAAAGGGUUUAUAUUGCCAGUAGAAAUACACCUGACAAAACUGAUUCAAAGUAACAACAAACAGACAGCAUCUGUGUUAUUAUGCCAACAAAAUGUCGUUACUGCAACAGGUUCCAAGGGUCUCCAUAAAGAGAGGGAAAAAAACAUUCAGAUUUGUUGAAGGUGUGAUUUAAAAUGUAACCUCAGCAUGUUUAUACAAAAAAACAGCAUGUCAGGAUUUUGUUUUACCUCAGAAUUAUUAUGGAAUAGGUGAUCUGUGAGAUUGCAAUGACAAGAAUAUGGACAGGUGAAUCAGAAAGAUGAGUCACAGACAUAUAUCAUAAUGGUUUCCCAGCAUUACAAGCCCUUCUUUCAAAGAGACUGUUUUCAUUGUUCCCAUGACAACUUAAAAAAAAAAAAAAAAAAGGCAUGAUGAAAAUUCAUCAGGCUCCUAUUGAGCAUGGCUGUUUCUAUAGCAACAGGAAGAGAGACUGGAUGAGUAAGAGGCAGGAGCUACGAGUGUGUGAGAAUGAACAUGUUAUGUGUAAGAAAGUGUAUUUAUUGUAUUGAUUCAGAAGGAUAUCUGAUUUCCUUUUCUAACAACUCAAUAGAAUCUACCUGUUCCUCCUCUAAACCCCAUCCCUCACCGCAUACACACACUUUCACACAAUUGUGCCUUCCUCCAUUGGGCAUACAGCGCUCCUUGUCUUCCCACCAUUUCUGUCUGUGUGUCUUUGCACCUCCUCCCCCCUCCAGCAUGGAUUUCCUCUCAGAGAGGGAGCGUGUGGUGUGUAAUCAGCUGACAACAACUGAUAAUCCAGCAAUACACCCACUCUGUCCUGUUCACUUAGAGCGGAGCGAGUGGAGGAGAGGAAAGAAGUGAAAGAGGCGGGAGCUGUCUGGACAGAGGGGAAGGAGACGAGAGGAGGAAGUGGGAGUAGAUAUUUCACUAUGGAGGAAGGACAACGACCUACAUCUGAGAUCUACCUCCCAAGCAUCAGCCUUGGAUCUGUUGAUGCCGAAACAGUGGAGGACCAUGAGCUGCCAUCCAUUUCUUUAUCCAAAAGCUCGAUAGAAAUGGUGAGUGGACCUCCUCAACGAACAGAGCUGGCAUGGUAUCGUCAGAAUUUGCGCAAGAGCGUCAGCAGUGCACCAUGCACUCAAAGGCCUAUCAGUCUGGGUGGACCAGCGGCUGGAGUCCCUGUGAAUGUUUGUGACUAUGAACAGGGGAGCAUGCGCAGUGGUAACAGCACUCCUGAGACUGUAAUCUGGCAUGGAGGAACUGCAAGAUCCUGGAGCGUCAUGGAGGACUCACCCCGAAGGACUCCAAUGCAGGAUCUAUUCCUUGGGCAAAAUCAGGUCCAUAGUGGUGUGAAGUGUGUUCCACACUCACCAUCCACAAACAGAGAUUUAAGGAUGAAGGGACUUGUUUGCAGGGAGGGAUGUUGUCGAUGUUGUGGACCUGCGGAGAACCUGACAGGAUGCAGCUGUUGCAGAGUGGCUUGCAGAAUGAAUUCUUCAGGUCUGGGCAACAGCUUCACACCACAGGGAGCAAAUACAGAAGACCACGCUCAGAGCAACUGUGAAAGCCAUCAUUUAACUGCAUGCCAUAGAUCUACCUGUUCUGGUCACAUGAUGAACACUGCCUGUUUGAGAAAUGUUUGCAGUAUUGUUCCAUGCCCUGGACAUUUGAUAUCUCGGCCACCUUGUGCAGGAAGCCCCUGUGCAGGACAAAGAUCACUGCUUCAUUCAGGCUUGCUCGGUUUUCCACCACUUGUGUCAUCUGUCAGCGAGACUAGACUUGACAGCCGGAGUACAGGCCGUUGCUGUGGAUCCGAGUUAAGGGGGCAGAACUCCUCCUGCCUUCGACUAGACCGGACAGGUCAGACUAGUCUUAACAGGAUAGUCAAAGAUGCCACUACCAUGACAUCUGACCAUGAGCUCAGAGAUGUUGGUGUUCAGACCAUCUCUGAUUCCCUUGUUUCCCCUCUUUCUCACAUGUUUCCUGAAAUUAAUUUGAGAGCAGAUCCUACCUCGGACACACCUUUGACAAUGGAGCACAUGUGUCAUAGGACCCCUGUGAAGGAGGUGGAAUGGGAUGCUGAGGGUAUGACCUGGGAGGUUUAUGGUGCAGCUGUAGACCCUGAAGAGCUUGGCCUGGCAAUCCAAAGGCAUCUGGAACUUCAAAUCAAAGAGACCGCAGCUGCUGCAGCUGCAGCUGCUCAAACGGAAGACUCCACGGACAAUGCCAGCAGCCUGGAACUGCAGCCCAGUCGACGGAAGAAGAGUGAAGGCAUUAUAAAAACACUGCGCAGUUCUGCAUGUUGCUCUAACCCCAAUACUGUGGGAGACUAAAGCGACCGCCUUAUCGGUAUGUGGGUGCCUCGAUUAGGUGUAAGGUAAACAAAUGGUACAACUUUUGCUGCAAGGUGGAAAUUGAUGGAAAAUGGCUCAUGGUAUAUUCAUCUAGCUAAAGCUAAUUGUCCUUCAAAUAAUAUAUCUAAAUAUUCCAAAGCCUUGUCUGCUUAGUUGAAGCUAUCAAAGCCCCACUACUGGAUCAGUAGAGUGGUGAUGUUCACAGAAACAUUGGAAGAUAAUGUUGCAUAGAGCUACUAUUUAAAGUUUACAGACAAUGGUGUGUUUCCACCUAUCUUCACACAUGGCCUUGUCCCUGUCUUGACCUUCAAUGUAUCUUUUGGAUGUCCUUUUUUUUGGCCAAAAAUACCAAAAUGAUGAUUUUGGUGAGCACUGAGUAUUAGGAUUUUUGAAAACUUUUAUUAUAGGCUAAAUGUGUCUGUUGUACUUGUUGGAUUUCAACAAGCAAACAGCAGGUUAAUGAACAUUAGCUAAUGGUACAUUAAAGUUCACAGAGCUCUAGGACACCUUGAAGGGCACCCUGGAGCAAGACCUGAAGGCUAGUGCUAGUUAGUCAGUGAUCAAGAUGGAUUUAGAUCUCUUUGUUUUCUGAUCUCACAAAUUCAUGGUGUUAAACCGUUUGUAGUAAAAGACAUGCCACCAGUACUAUAUGGAAGAAAUUUUUGUCUUUUAUCUUGAAGUAAAUGAUGAUUGGUAAUGGUUUGGCCUGGUACGUUAGAGUGGGCUCAAGGCCAGAAUCAAACCACAGUGGUAAAAAUAUGAAAGGUAGGGUAGGCAAUUUCGGAGAGGCUAGCAAUAGCAAGCUAGCUUUGAAAGCAUAAAAUCCCACCCUCCCUUCAGAGCUCUUUACAAAGCCACGCCUCCUCCAAAACACAUGAAUGCGUACAGCCAGAGCAGAGUCACCAAAGCGUCACAAGAACGCCAUUAAAGAGCUCUUGUACCACCUGACUGCUGCAGUUUCAUUUCACCGUUGAUAGUGUUGCCAUAUAAACACAUAAAUCUGAGGAUGUGAACUGCUCUGAGUAGAACAUCACAGGUUGUUAUCUCUUAAUUACUGUAGUUAUGGCGUGAACGCAUUAGUAACAGCAUUAGUUCAUUGUUUUGGUUCAGGGGGAAUUGUAAAAGGUGGCUGGUGUUUGUUUGUGGCGCUCAGUGACUGUCUACAGCUCUGCAUAGCCUCAUGAAACGCACUGAUGACGUACGAUGUCUGCGUAAGCAGGAUGUGUGGAGGUAUGAAAAUACAUUGACAGGCAGGUAGAACAUCCAAUGAUUGCAUUCAGACCAAAUGCAAUGAUUGGACAAACAUUUUCCUGAGACAUCCGCAGCAGAUAUAUGUUUUUUUUUUUUUGGUAAUAUUUAGACCACUUCUAUUGUUGAUUGCUAUCAGGAUGUGAAGAAAGUUUCAAUCAGUAUAGCAGAAAGUGUUUAUGAAAAACAUUGCCUACCCUACCUUUAAAGCUCGUGAGGUUUGUGGGUGUGUAAAGCUAGGUUCUUAUCAGACCUACUGAUGAUUAGUAAAUAUAGACUCAAGGUCAAUGUUCCCACACUUUUAUAGUACACUAUGAGCUGAAACUAAGCCCCAGUCCUAGUUCUAUGCUCAGGGACGAUCUCAAUAAAUUAAAACAUGUACUCUUGGAAUUUGGUGCCAAAAUCUGACCUGAAAAACUUCUUUCCACUAUUUUCAUGUCACAAUUUAAUAAUAAAGAAUAUUUUGUGGUUGUGUCCUAUUUAGAAUCCGUGCAAGGACUAAGGCCAUUUUCACAUCAUUUUACAUGUUCAUAAAUCAUACUUUUUUGUGUUUCAUUUUCAUGAAAUGCUUUAUUUAUUAUAAUGUUAGAAUAUUCAAGCUUAAUUGUUUUUUUUUCACAUUUAAGUGUAAGAGUUUUACUUUUUUGACUUUUAUGUAUAUCAUGAUCACGUGCUAUAUCACAACAAUAACAUACAGAAUCAGUCAUAAUUUUGUGAAAGUUAGGGAUUGUAAUUAGAGCAAUCUCUGUCAAUAAUGUUUAGAUUGUGUUCAUUUAAAUAGCAUGGCACUUAUUGUAAGUAAAUGUGUAUCCAAAAUCUCUGACCAAAUUAACAGUAUGUGCUGCACAAACUGCUUUUGUUUUUCUUUGCCAAAGCAAUCUGAUUUUUUUUUUUUUUUUUGACCAGAGCAUUGUGAUUUAACAUAAUAUAGAUAUUACUGGAUUAACACCUUACAGUAUGAUGAAAACAAGCUUUAUAUAGGCUUUCUACAGCAAAAACUACACUACUGUGUUUUAAUAUUGAGAAUAGUGAAUGUCUUGAAAAGUAUGAGCAACAAUAAAAACGUUUGGCAAACAA